AUGGCGGAAAACCUGAGGAAACUGGUCUCCAACGACUUUUUACGCACCAUGUACGAGAACCUGGAGCGCUGGCAGAGGGAUUACAACGUGAGUGGGCGGCGAGGGGGAGCCUGGGCUGGCUGCCCCUCGGGCGCCUUACACAGCCCUCCGCCGCCGCCGGCGUUGGUGAGGCCUGGCGUCGGGGGGCCGGUUGUUUGCAAAGCCCCGGUGAUGGGGAUCCCUAACCAGCCACGCACCCCGGACGCGGGGAAGGAAGGACCGACGACAGGUGUCUGCUGGCGGCGCCUUUUCUUCCCGCGACGCGAGGUGGCGCUGCGGAUGCGCUCCGGAGUGGAGCUCUAG